CGUGGCAAGGUGAAGAGUUUCCCUAAAGAUGAUCCCAGCAAGCCUGUUCACCUGACCUCUUUCCUUGGCUACAAGGCUGGCAUGACCCACAUUGUCCGUGAGGUCGACAGACCUGGCUCAAAGGUCAACAAAAAAGAGGUGGUUGAGGCGGUGACCGUUGUGGAGACUCCUCCCAUGAUUGUAGUGGGUGUUGUUGGUUAUGUCAUGACCCCUCGUGGCCUGCGCUCUUUCAAGACCAUCUUUGCGGAGCACAUUAGUGAUGAGUGCAAGCGUCGCUUCUAUAAGAACUGGUAAGGCUUGGUUGAUGAAUUGAGUGGUUG